GUCAAUCAAUCGAAAAUCCCAUGAGUUCAAUUUGGUUCAAUACAUGGAAGACAGUUUUGAUCUCAAUUAGUAAUUUAUUUAGUAUGUUUUUUUUUCUGUUUAGUAUAAAUUUUGCAUGAAAAUAUGAAAAAUACUGAGGUGCCAACUGUAGAUAUAACACUAAAUUUAGAUGUGAACACAUAUGAAACAUGCUCACGAAUGGUUCAAACAGUAAUCGAGGUUUUGCUAUUUCAACGUAACCAAAUUCCGUUCUGCUUCCAAGUGUUUCGAAUGAUAGUGAAGAAAAUCUCAAAUGGCUCAGAAGACAACGGCGAACCUUCAGAAUGGAACAACUACCAACUAAAUAAACAGCGUGAAACUGCAUCGAAGUCUUUGGAAACCGUAAAUCAACUAUUUGAGGAACUUUCAACUGCGAUUCAACAAAGCAGACAAAAAUUUCAAUUUUUGGUUCUGUUCGGGUCUACUGUAUACACAGCAAAAGAAGCCUUUGUGAUAAACGUUCCAGGCAUCAACCGAAACCAUUAUCCGCAGUAUCAUCGUAAUGCUCUGGAGGGUUCACUGAACCAGCUUAAAAUGAAAUUGACUUUAGCGGAUAAUAUUCACUGUAAGCCGAAAGUAACUAGACCAACCAAUAUGUUCCUAUUGAUUAGUGCCAAAACUUCGGAAUCGACCCAAGAUACUAUGAAAGAUAAUGAACUCAAUUUGGAUAACGGACAGUUGAUUGAGGGAUACACACUACCAUCAAAAUGCCAUAAAUAUGUGAUCAAUCUAGCGAAUGCAAACGGUACGCAACUUCAUUGCUGCAAAGAAAUGGAGGUAUUCAGAGAUUUAACAUUGAAUCUUGAAAUUGACGACGCAUGUGUUGAGUCGUUGCGAGAAGCACGAAUAAGUGAGAGUAGCGAGAAGUCGGAAAACUACACCAGGGCAAUGUGGUACCAAAUUGGAAAUGGAUUUAAAGGGUAUAAAAAUGUGUCAGUAAAAGGAAAAUCUGUUUGGAACUACGGAUAAUGUAAAACAAUAUAACCCAGAUUUGUAAAAUUCCUGCUAGAAAAUAAAUCAAUCGGACAUUUGAAAAUCAGUUACUUGUGCUUUGUCCAGACAGACACAUGCAGAAUCCUAUCGCAGUGAAUCAGAACCUAUUCAAUGGCAAUAAAUAAAAUAAUUGCUGUCAUCGAAAAUAAUUGUACUAUGUACACAAAUAA